ACGAGGAGGAUAGAGGAGUUGGUAAAAGGUCUCCCGAGCUAACAAACCGAGGCAACCACUGCACCUCCUAGGUCAUGGCUUUGGUGCUCCCGUUAUUUUCAAGCCAUCAUCUCCACCACCAUAAUCAUCAUCAUCAUCAUCACCUCCCCAUUCGCAAUCCCAUCAGCAAUCAUUCAGUUCAAUCGAUUUCCACCCCAGUUGAGAACAGAAGUGGUCGUCGUAAUUCUCCUCUUGAAGAAAUAACUGAACUUUGCGAAUCAAAAACUCUCAUCAAAGCCUUGAAUUUGAUUCAAGAAAAUCCGCAUAAUAGCUUUCUUGAUCCAACCCAAAAAGCUUUAGCCUUGGGAAUACUCUUACAGGCCUGUGGAGUUGACAAAAACAUUGAAAUAGGAAGAAAAGUCCAUGAAUUAAUUCGGGAGUCGAUCCAUUUGAGAAAUAAUCCUGUACUAAAUACUAGGGUCAUUACAAUGUAUGCAAUGUGUGGUUCUCCCUCAGAUUCCCGCUCUGUUUUUGAUCAAAUACGGGGGAAAAAUCUGUACCAAUGGAAUGCGCUUUUGAGUGGGUAUACAAGAAAUGAGUCUUACUAUGAUGCGUUGUAUCUUUUUGAUGAAAUGAUCUCAAUAACAGAAUAUAUGCCGGAUAAUUUUACGUUUCCUUGUGUUAUAAAGGCUUGUGGAGGGAUUUUGGAUGUGGAUUUGGGAAUGGCUGUUCAUGGGAUGGUAGUGAAGAUGGGUUUGGCUUCUGAUGUGUUUGUGGGGAAUGCAUUGAUUGCUAUGUAUGGGAGGUUUGGGAUUCUUGAGAAUGCCGACAAGAUGUUUGAGUUUAUGCCUGAGAAGAACUUGGUUUCUUGGAAUUCUAUGCUUUCCGUUCUGUCCGAAAAUAGGUGUUUUCAAGAAAGUUUUAAUUUUUUUAGAGAAUUGUUAAUGGGUUUGGAUGGAUUGGUUCCUGAUUCAGCUACAAUGGUGACUAUUUUGCCUGCUUGCGCAGGGGAAGGGGAUUCCGUGAUGGGAAAGGCUGUUCAUGGUUUAGUGGUGAAAUUUGGGAUGAGUGGGGAUGUAAUGGUGAGCAAUGCACUAAUUGACAUGUAUUCAAAAUGUGGGCUUUUGGAGAAAGCCCGAGUUACUUUUGACUUGAAUGAUAGCAAGAAUGUAGUAUCUUGGAAUUCAAUGAUUGGGGGGUAUUCUAGAAAAGGACUUAUUGAUGGAACAUUUGACCUUGUGAGGAAGAUGCAAAUGGAAAGGGAUAAGUUCAAGGCUAAUGAACUAACAGUGUUGAACGUAUUGCCUUGUUGUCAGGAGGCUUCAGAGCUAUUGUAUUUGAAGGAACUGCAAGGGUAUUCUAUUAGACAUGGGUUUGAAAAAGAUGAAUUGUUAGCGAACGCUUUUAUUACAGCAUAUGCUAGAUGUGCUUUAUUAAGUACGGCCGAGUGUCUGUUUGAUAAAUUGGAGAGGAAAGCAGUGAGCUCCUGGAAUGCACUUGUAGGUGGAUGUGUACAGAAUGGGAAUCCAUCCAAAGCAUUAGAAAAGUAUCUUGAAAUGGCACGUUCAGGAAUUGACCCUGACUUGGUUAGCAUUGGUAGCCUUCUUUUAGCUUGUAAUCAUUUGAAAUCACUAUGGUAUGGUAAAGAAAUUCACGGUUUUGUUCUUAGAAAGGGGUUAGAAAUUGAUUCGUUUAUCAGUACUUCACUGCUUUCACUUUACUUUAGUUGUGAUAUUCCAGCACAUGCACAAGUUCUAUUUGACAGCAUGGAGACAAGAGGGUUAGUGUCUUGGAAUGCAAUGAUUGCAGGGUACUUGCAGUAUAGACUGCCUUGUGCAGCUUUGGAUAUCUUUCGUGAAAUGGUAUCUGAUGGUAUCCAACCUAAAGAAAUUACUAUAGUAGGUGUCCUAGGUGCUAUUUCACGGUUGUCAGCUUUGCAUCUUGGGAAAGAAGCUCAUUGCUUUGCUCUGAAGGUUGACUUAAUGAAGGAUAGUUUGGUUAAUUGUUCCUUAAUCGACAUGUAUGCCAAAAGUGGGUCAAUAGAAUUAUCCCAAACAGUUUUUGAUCACGUACAGGAUAAAGACACUGCAUUAUGUACAGCUAUGAUUUCUGGCUAUGCAAUUCAUGGAUAUGGAAAGGAGGCUCAUAUGCUAUUCCAGAAACUGAAAAAGCUUGGCUUGAAGCCCAACCUCUGUACAUUUUCUAAUAUCCUAAUUGCAUGUAAGCAUGCUGGACUGAUUGAACAGGGACUUAGUUAUUUAACCGAAAUGCAUGCUUUUCAGAAGAUAGAGCCUAAGUUGGAGCAUUAUGCAUGUGUAAUUGACAUGCUCGGUCGUGCAGGACGAUUUGUUGAUGCUUUAGAGCUAAUUGCUAGUAUGCCUAUUAAACCUGAUGCCAGAAUUUGGAGCUCAUUGCUUAGUUCCUGUAGAAAUCACCGUGAGUUGGAUUUGGGAAAUGAAUUUGCUGAGAAAUUGUUAGAACUGGAGCCAAGCAGAGCUGAAAGUUAUAUUCUAGUCUCUAACUUCUUUGCUGGUUUUGGGAAGUGGGAUGAUGUGAGAAGGGUCAGGGGUAUAAUGAAAGAGAUGGGACUACAGAAGGAUGUAGGUUGUAGUUGGACUGAAGUUGGAGGGAAAACUUAUAGCUUCAUUGUUGGUGACGAAAUGCUUCCUGACUCAGAAGAGAUUAGGCUUAUGUGGAAGACAUUAGAGUAGAAAAUAACUGAUACCUGAUAUUUCCCUAACCUGGGUUUUAGUGCUUCAUGAGCAAAGAUAGAUCUGCUAAAGCAAUAAAAGAUAUCACUUUAUUCUUUUGGCUUGUUGAGGACGCCUAAAGUUGUUGCUUUCAGGGUCUGCAAGAAUGCCAUCUAGUUGUCUCAUAAGUCAAUUGAAUGGAGAAAACUCUAGGGAAGUUGUACCAUUUUGGACUGACUUAUGCUUCUGUAAGACUUGUGAUAACUGCCUCAUUUCCAUCAAGUUGGUAUCUCAAAGUUGCUUGUGGGGAGAUAGUUCUGAGUGAUAACUAGCAUUUUGACCGUUUCAAUAUUCAGGGACUGUUAAUCCUUCUACUGAUCUAUGGGGUAAUGGAUUUUAAAGCUGCAAAACAUGCUCUGAAGGCAUUGAAAAUCAUGCAAGUGUAUGAUUAUCAAUUUAUUAAAGCACAUUAUCAUCUGACAUGUGAAAGUUUAGGGUCUUUUGAAAGAGAUCAGGGAGGGGAAGUGUUAAAACUGGUUAGCAGAAAUUUACAUGCAGAAACUGCUUUUUCCUUUGAUCAACUGUAGAAGAAGUGUCACAGGAAAAGUUUGGACUGACUUAGGCAGAUGAAUUGCUUGGAACAAUAUUCCUACCAAGUUCGUAUGGAUCAUCAUUCUUGAAGCUGCUGAAGAGGAAUCCUUCCUAUCUAAUGAUCUCGAGCGAGGACAAAACGAGGAAAGAAUGCCAAAACUGCGAUUCUAAGAAUGCCAAAACUGCGAUUCUUCGAAUGCCAUUCAUGGUUAAAUCCAUUAAAUGGGCCAAUCCUAUAGGAAACUAUCUUGGUUCUGUACUUGUUUGUUUUGGUUGGUUUAACCCGGAUUUUGAAAGGCCCAAAAGGGGUUGACUUUUCAAUGGGAAAUCCCGCAUUAAUUGCAAAUUUAUGCGUUACAGAAUGUUAUAGUCUAAAAUCUGAAUUCUAAAUUUUGAAAAUUAAGUGUUGAAAG